AUGAACACGACUCCCAUAUUCGGCUUAAUAGAGGAUGAUGAGGCGGCUAAGGGAGAUUCAAAAGUAGAACUAGAAGAUGUAGUUGCUCGCGGAGAAAGUAAAGGAGAAGACAAAGAAAAUGCAGCAAAAAUCAACGGCAUUGCACGAGAAGAUGUAGGAACUGCGGGAGAAGAUAGAGGAAAGAAGGCAAAAGAACAACUUAAAAGUGGGGACAUAUUAGAAGACGAUCAACAUCAUCUGAAAAAGGCCAAGGAGGUCAAGGAGAACAACCUCCAUCGUGGACCAACUCCUGCAGCGACGAACAAGACCAACAAGGCAGCUGGCGGGAAGGCAGCUGGAGAAACUGUUGCUAAAAGUGCUAGUAUUGCCAUUGCCAAAAUGAACGAUGCCAAGUCUUCUACAACAAGUAACAAAGCAGUCCUCGAAAACGAGAACAAAGAUUCAUCUACACCGCCAAUUGGAGGUGCGCCAUCACCGGCGACUACUGUUGGCACAUCCAAUGGGGAGAAAACAUCUCCGGAUCUUCCUUCAACGUCUGCAGGACCAGAGUCUUCAACAGCGACUACGGCUGUUGCUGCGUCUGGUAGCGUAACAGCGUCUAAUAUCGUACCAGGGACAACACCACCAGCGACAACAGCCCCUCAUCUCACCACAGCGACGAAAGCUCCACCGCAGUCUUCUACUGCAGCCACGACGACGACAACUCCUGCACAGCUAGCGUCUUCUAAUGCCGCACCCAUCACCCCAGCCCUCGUCUUGGAAAGGGGCAAUACAGUGUCCUAUUUGUCGUACGAGGAUUUUAUCGUCUUGGCUGGCAUUGCGACUGCGCAAGGAAAAGAAUUAAAAUGCAUUGGACGACUGCUGACUCACAAACAAGACUGCGCGACUAUUGGGAUCGUACUACUUCAUCUAGAUUUAAGUUGUACACGAAAUAAAAUUUGAAUUUUGAAGAUUUCGUGAUGUGAGGAGCUUCAAAGAAGUACUAGGAUUAGGAGAAUUUUUCGUUUACAGCGGGUUCAAAUGCUUAUCAGCGAAGGUAGGAACUACCGUACUAGGAUUAGGAGGAUUUUCUGUUUACGGGGGUCUAAAUGAUUUUUAUCAGCGAAGGUAGGAACCCCGGGUUCAACUACCGUGUCCUCAUGUAAUUGUCCAUACCUCCACACGUCAGUGUUGCGUCCCCGCCACGAAGUUGAGAAGAGGCAGUUGCCGGCCACCCAGCUUUGCACUGGAACGAGCUGUCUUGUCUGAGAAUUUCCAAGAACAGUUGCACUGUUUCAUCGAUAACAUGGGUUACAAAACGACGGACGACGACGUGCAGGCGAGGUAGAUUUUCAUUCGCGUAUCAGAUCCAAGAUCCAUCUUGGCCAAGAUGUCUCGACCAUUGAUGUCUCGACCAUGCCUUGUAUUUUCGUCACUGGUGUUUUAUUGGUUUUUUAUUGGUUCUUUUUGAUAGUGGCACCAUGGGUCGUGGCUUUUCAUGUUCACAUUAACAUUAUAAGUCCUGUGGUCUUCUGUUUCUUUUUUCUUUCUGAGUACGAAAGUGUCUCUUAAUUAAUGGUCUUAGAAGCAAAGUCCAGCAAGUUUAACUAGAUCCAAAACAAGCUUAAGAUAAAAAGACGAGUUCUUAGGCACAUACCUCUUGUUAGGCACAUUCAUUCAUCAUUCAUAUAAGUCCUUUCCCACACCUCUACACCUCCUCGCGACAACCUUGGCAGGUACUACGAACGCGGCUCAGUGGAGGAUCAAGAACUCGAGGUGCAGUUUAUGUGCCAGCAGUUCGCGGAGGAACACGGUCUAAUUCUCUUAGAUGAGGACGAUGAGCCAUCGGAUAUCGGGAAUUUUCAGAAUCGGAUAUCGGGUAGUUUCCCAUUUGGCAGAAUCGAUGACUCAACACGGCGUAGUGGCGAGAGAGGAGUUAUGAGCUACAGGAUGAUGAUUCACUUGUUUCAACGGAAUAAGAAAUGAACAUGUCUAGAUUAAAUCUGUAGAUGAAAUUACAGUGAUUUUUCAGUAGAAUUUUUAUCGAAGAGAAUUAGACUUCUAUUCCUAAAAGUACCUACGUACUAGAGGAUUACUUAGACUUCUAUUCCUAAAUAAAGUACCUACGUACAACUAGAGUGUACCGCGACCUGUUGUAAGUCUAAUGUAUCCAGUCGACGGCCAAGUGGCGAUAAAGACGAAGAGAACAUGGCUAAAGAGAACGAGCAGAAUGAGAGCAAGAAUGAGAGCAAGCUAAGCAGUAGCGAGGGCAAAACCGAUUGUGGAACCGGUGUUACAACUUCUUCUGCGUCUGAUGCGGAAAUGUUGAAGGACAGAAAAAGUGGCGCGGGAAACAAUUGUUACAAAGAUGAGCAGGACGAGGGAGGAGAAGGUGCUUGUGCAGAUGGGAACAAGAACAUCAAUUAAGGCUCAACUUUCAAUGGUCAUUGGGGUUGGUCACUGAGAUCGAAGAGGCGACCCCUUGAGAGAACAGGGGAAAACGAAGGGAAAGGGGAGAGCCUUGGAGGGGUCUCUUCCGUUCAGAGUCAGUGACCAAUGAGUGCUGAGCUUUAAAUCAAGCAACAAUCAGAGGACAACGAAAGGUCCACAGCCUCUCACCGGGAAGGAAGUAAGCAGCCCUCGCACAGCCGCAACAAAAACUAUGAUCCAUUGCAGGAUAAUCGAUAUGAGGCUGUUUUCGUAAUGGAGGACCAUGAGCCAGAUGCUGCGUUAGCCAAAAGAUGGAUUACCACGUUUCUGAAAAACCUCCCAAUGAACGCUGAUAGGUCGAAUCCGGCAGCGUUGAUUCAGGAUUACACUUAUGGAGGGAUCAUGUAGUUGGAUCGUUUUUUUUCACAAUUCUUGCGACAGACAGCCAGGUUGAUACUUGUCAAAAGAAGCGUUUUUUAGACUCUAAUCAGCUAAGAAGUUCCACGUCGCUGCCCAAAAGCUCCGACUUCGAAUUACUCUCAGCGAACUGCAGGUUUUUGUGAGGAAAGGCGUGGACACCGAGUGUCCCGAUGACAUGUCACCUGCCAUGACAGUUUCACAACUUGUCGGGACCUCAGUCCGCACUCGGUGGUGCGAUAUACUGGCAGAAAAAGGCAAAGGGAAACAGGCUGCCGAAGCAGCAAAGGAUGCUGCAUCGAAAAGACAAAGAGAAGAAGUAGAGGAACAGGGUGGAAGGUAGUUUUAUGCUUCAAAAAUGUUGCGUGCAAGACGAGCAGUGAGUUCUUACAGUAUCGGAUCUAGUAGACACUUCGAGCAGUGAGUUCUUACAGUAUCGGAUCUAGUAGUAGACACUUCUACUAUCUUCACAUUUGCCACCCGACACUUCUACUAUCUUCUAGUAGACACUUCUACUAUCUUCACAUUUGGAUCUAGUAGUAGACACUUCUACUUAUGGCGGACUUAAAUAAUUAUUUUAGCAAAUGAUUAUUUUUCCAAAUCUUCACUUUUACCACUAGAUUCCGCAAAAGUGGAAAAAUAAUUAGAUGCUAAAAUAAUUAUUUAACUCCGCCAUACUACUAUCUUCACAUUUGCAUUUUGUGAUCAGCUGCGUUGACCAGGAUCACCCUUACCACCACGCCUCAUAAAUAGGGGCCGAAAGCUCGGAGUCAAGCGCUCUUCCAGCGAUGAGGGUGACAUUGAGCGACCGAGUAAGGGCAAGUACGGCAGCAAGAGCAAGGGCAAGAGUAGCAAAGAAAGAGUUCCACCUAGAGUGCUGGGUGUACUAGGUAAAGAUAAUUUAUUUGGCAAGGUGGAUCAUAGACGAGGUGGAGGUGAAAAUUAUGGUGCUGCCGGUAAAGACCAUUCUCGAGGUCGAGGAGGAGAUUAUCAUGGUGCUCAUGGUGGAAAAGAUAGAGAAGUUCUAGGUGGUAAAGAUGGGGAAGGAAGCAGAGAGACCGCUUUCUGGGACAGAGCUGAAAUAUGGGAAAGGUACUGGGGACAUUGGACUUGGAGAGCCUUUUUUGAAUCUUCGUUUUUUGACGCUACAAAUUUUUCUACCAGUCAUUUCUCAUGAGAUGAAGGACUAAUAAAAAGCUAGAACCUGAGCUAUGUAUCUCAGCCAUUCUAGUUGUAUCAAAUUCCUCUAUAAGUAGAGACAAAUAACUAACUGAUGACAACUACUACAGGCACCCUCGCGACCACAACUGGGAUGGCAUGCUAGGACACCACUGUCGCGGACCCGUUAUGAAAUUGCAGAGAAUCAAGGAUGCCUUUUUCGUUGCUGUUGCAGAGCAUCUAGAUGGCCGCGAGCCCAUGGUGCCGCGUCCGCUGUGCUACCACUCUAUCUUCGGCCACGUCAGCGACCUUCGACAUAGAGAGGAUUUGGAAAAGAUUUUAGGAUUUGGAUGAUGGAUUUUAGGAUUCGGAUAAAUCUUCUUUGUCAACGACUGCCAACAAGCAAAGAAAGUUUGUUCCACUUAGAUUUACCUGUGUGUAAGAACAUCACAACAUUGAAAAGGUUGACAUCCUCUCAACGGCCCUCUUUGACAUCCUCUCAAAAGCCCUCUUGAAUCAGCGGAUUCUAAUCUUCGUCGAAGGCACUUGGCUGGAAUUCAAAGUGGACAAGGAUAAGAAUGCUAAAGUCAAAGCCGCCGAAAUCUCUAUUGCCAGAGUGCAAAGGAGCAUCAACAAAAUGCCGUUCUCAUUGGCUAGGGAUAGAAUGAUUGAAGGUAAUUGUUAGAGUUCCCCUCUUUGUGAGAAGCGUUUCUACGUAGACGUAGACGUAAGAAAGAUCUCUGACGUAGACGUAGUUUCAUGUAAAUCAGUUUUGCAAUGGGAAGAUUACUGAAUACGUAGUUUCAUGUACUUAGUUUGAAUCAGUUUUGCAAUCGGAUUAUUGUUGUCAAUUUUGCAGUUUCAUGUACUUAGUUUGAAUCAGUUUUGCAAUCGGAUUAUUCUUGUCAAUUUUGCUCAUGUACUUAGUUUGAAUCAGUUUUGCAAUCGGAUUAUUCUUGUCCGUCAGACGUAGUUUCAUGUACUUAGUUUGAAUCAGUUUUGCAAUGGGAACCCAGGUGACCGAUAUAUCGGAGAGAUCCAACGCGUAAUGCCAAAUGCGGAUUGCUGUUUUGUAUCCCGCCACUACCGUGUGGAGCGGCCGGAUAGUUUGUAUAUUCAGUUAUGGCCGCUUGUAAGAAGAUGACUAUGAGCUCACAGGUAGACAUGCACAGCUUCUAUCCUACAUGCACAGCUACAAACGAGGUUCCAUGACAUGACAAGAUGACUUGAGAAAGUUCAAGUUUUUGCCUCUGCAUUGACAAGCUGUUGUUUUUACUGUUAGACAAGACAAGAUGUAGUUGUGUUCUUGACUUGUUUUCUUUCUGUGCCUAGCUAGGGCAACCGAAGGCAGCGUAGAAGUGAUCCAUCUGUGCCUAGCUAGGGCAACUGCAGGCAGCGUAGACGAAUGGGUUGCUCCGCUUCUUUUCUAACCUUCCUUUUCUAACCUUCGACGUUUUCCUCCACGUAAACGAGUUCGCAACUCGUCAUGAUGCGAUGCAGAUGCGACCCGGGCAAGGAGUGGAGUUCCGGCUAAGCCGAGACCACCGAAACGCGGAACGAUUCAUGGCCUCCAGUGUCCGUGUGAUCGACUCGAGUAGACUCAAUGCGGAUGGAACUUAUAUACCUCCUUAUGCUCCGAAAGAUAGUGGUAGAGGAGCGGCUGGAACUUAUAUACCUCCUUAUGCUCCGAAAGAUAGUGGUAGAGGAGCUCGAGGUGGGGUUAGUACUAGGGAUGGCAGAGAUGCUGUUGGUGGCGGUGAACAAUAUGGUUGUACCAGAGAAGGUUAUGAAGCGAUGAAAAAGUGUACUCAUCCUCAAGAAAGUAGCCACUUUCUGAGUAGGGAAAAGCCUCUUUUCUUGAAUAAAUGAGUACACUUUUUCCUGUCAUAAAGGUAGACUUGUUGCCCGUGCUGAUGGAGGGAGCAGCUACAACUACUCCCCUCGUGAUCGAAACUGGAACGUGCCGACUACUUAUAAUCCUCUGAGAGAAGUAGAUCUUCAUGAUAGACCACGUGGUGCGCCUUACAGUGCUCGCGGAGAACAAGGUGAUCGACGAGGGGGAGAACCUGUUCUAGAUAGGCGCGGAGAACCUGUUCUAGAUCGUCGUGAACCUGAGAGAAGAGGAGAUGAACCUCUUCUAGACAGACGUCUGACCGAUCGCCCUCAUGGCCCAUUGUAUUGUGGGCCAGAGCAGAAGUACGGCACUUCUGGAGUGUCAGAUCUGAACCGAAGAUCGCGAGAGCGAACCCGCGGCUUACCCACUAUUGGCAGUGGCCCUGGGAGCUCUCGGUCUGCUGCGUACAAUUCCUCUGGAGAGAUUAACAGAGACAAUAUUCUUAAGGGUAGGUUAAAGGUGCUUUUCUUACCGCUUUUUAUGCCUCUCUCGCUUAGGAGGAGAAGGGCAUAACAAGCGGGUUAAGCGAGCACCAAAAACCUACCUCUAAUAUUCCACGAGGAGGAGGAGGCAGUGUGCGAGAGCGAGACCCGCCAAGCAGUACUAGGGAUACUUACGGACGAUAGUUUCCACAUGUUUGCAUUCUGCAUUCGCAUCCACUAUUUUCAAGAAGAAGAUAUUUUUACGUGGUCACCAGGGAUGUUCCGAAGAUUAGAAUGCAAUUCAGUAUAAGGACCUCUUCUAAGAUACGUUGGUGGUAGGACAAAGAUAUGCUGGUGAAAUCGCAUGGGUAUCCCAGGACAUGUGCGUCGUAGACUGUAUCACCGAAAGUCGGUCCAUAUUCGCCAGUGUCAACGAGUUUCCGAAUGGAGGGGUACUAGUACUUAUUUGAUUUCUAUUUAUACAGAGGAUCAUUUAGGUACGAUCUAUCAUAAGAUUAAUUUCCAUCCUUCUCUCCUCUUCAACUCGGACACCUUAGGCUGAAAUGCGUGAGACCGCUUUGGUCAUGUUCACUUGCGGCCGCCACGAGUCUGGACAGCUUUGUGCGACUAAGGUGGAAAUCUUUAGACCGGCUGCUCGAAACGGGGGAACUACCCCUAGAAGGGACAACUUCAACUUUGCUGCUCCUGCUGCGCCACCUGCACAAAUAAGAAGUCCCGCUGGACCUGGACAACAAGAACGGCGACAUCGAAGUCCCAGACGCAGUGGUGGUAGACGUAGUUUGCCUUAAGGCUUAUAUCCUUAUAAAUUCAACAUCAACCGGAACACCUUACCUCAUGCGUAGAAAAGGAGCAUAAGCGCAAAAAAUAUAUGCACGAACAUCAAGAUUCUUUUUGAAGGGAAGUCGUAGGUCCAGUCCGAAUCGACUAACAUCAUCAUCGUUCACCUCUUUGAACGACAUCCUUGAGAGUGCGCUUUUCAAGGGGACGAAAAGGCACCCUCCAGGAUGUACUAUCCGAAGACGGAUCAUAAUGGUGCGCUCUAAUAGCCACGUGGAGGAGGUGAACGGACCACCAGACACGGUGACCGCGGCAUACACGCAGAACGUGGAGAUAGAACCACUCGGCAUGGAGAUAGAACCACUAGGCAUGGAGAUAGAACCACUCGACAUGGAGAUAGAACCACUAGGCAUGGCAAUAUACCCAGAGACCAUGGAUUUGUGAUUAUGAAGGAGAAGGGCUGCUCAGGAUUCAUAUAGUAAAGACAUAAGUAAACUUUCCAAUCAAUCUUCAUGCUUAGUAGAAGAUACAACUGCAGCAACACUAGUAGAAGAUAGAACUACUGGUAAAUGAAAAAUGAAUGAACAUGAUAAACAAUGCUUCGACCGUUCCUCCUCUAAUUUGCACCACGACGGCACCACGGGUUCCAGACGUGGCGACCAUGGCCACCAGCAUGACAACUAUUCUAGUGGCGCAGGAACCUCCAGAAGAGGAGGUCCUCCGGAUAUUCCAGUAGUUGCUUCUCGGAACGAUUUGUUUAGUGGCGACUACACACCUCGUGGAACAGGGUCCAGUAGGGGCACGCCUCUACACGGUGCAGGU